AUGUGCGUUGUGUCGCAAUAUGUUGGACGACUCACUGGUAAAGGAAAAUGGUUAGAAUGUGGACGUACAGAGUGCGUGAAGAAUACGCUGAAUCCCGAAUGGGCGACUCAAAUCCGUAUCGAAUACUUUUUCGAAGAACGGCAGACGAUGCGAUUCGAAAUCGGGACGAAGCAUAAAAAUUAUGGCCAAAUUACCGUAUCUUGCGACGAAGUUGAUGAUGGCGCGAAGGAGAAUGUUCGGUUUCAUUUGAGUGCUAAAAAACUGGACAAAAAGGAUUUCUUUGGCAAGUCGGAUCCAUUUUUGAACAUCUAUCGAAUAAGUGACGAUGGAAGCCGCCAACUAGCCCAUCGAACAGAAGUCAUCAAGAAAGAGUUGAAUCCGGUUUGGAAUCCGUUCGAGGUGAAUGUGAAAAUGUUGUGCUCCAACGAUUAUAAGCGGUACUUUCAGUUUUGA